AUGAACUCGUCUGGAAGCGGAGAAGCGUCAGAUGACGGCACGUUUUCUGCGAUGGAUCUUUUUGGUCUUUCAAAUCCAAAGAGUUUCUGGCUUGUUGCUGACCUUGUCAUUCCAGAUGGCCUCGAGAAAAAUGACUGGUGGCUCGUCAAAGAAUACUUUGAUUAUUUUAUCAAUCUAACAGUGCUCUUCAAUCGUCUUGAGAUUCUCUCAGAAGCACAAGCGGAAGAUUCUGGAAUUUGCUGUACACCAAAUGAGCAAGAAAGUGUUUCAACCUGUAUCAUCGAAGGAAAUUUCCCUGUGCAAGCAAGUUGUGCGCAGCCAAAUUUACCUCCUCCUGAAGUCAAGCCCUGCGAACAAGGUCCACCUGGCGCUAUUGGCGAAAAAGGCGCUUCAGGAAGUCAAGGUCCUGCUGGCUUCGCCGGACCGAAAGGUGUUACUGGUCCUAUUGGCCACCCUGGACCAAAAGGUGAAGCUGGUCUCCCUGGAUUAGACGGUCUACCAGGCAUGGCCGGAACUGUGGGACCUACUGGGCUUGCUGGAGAAAAAGGCGAAAAAGGAAAUCAAGGAGAAAAAGGAAUGGCCGGCGCUGCAGGACCGAUUGGCGUUGUUGGCCCAGCAGGAGCUCCCGGCAAUGUUGGUGAACCUGGAAAUCCUGGAAUGAAUGGACCUCCUGGCAUCACUGGCGAGAAAGGAGACCCAGGGAAAAAUGGCACUAAUGGAUCACCUGGUAUUCCGGGUGCUAUCGGCCCGAAAGGUGAUCCUGGUCUGAUUGGUGAAAAGGGAGAUGCUGGAGAAAAGGGAUCUCCGGGAGAACCAGGAAUCGCUACAAAAGGAGAUAAGGGAGAACCUGGUCCUGAAGGGCCUCGUGGAAUUAUCGGUGAUAACGGACCAAUGGGUUUUAAAGGCGAGAUGGGUCCUGCCGGACCAGCUGGAGAAGGAAAUGUUGGACCACCAGGAGCUAAGGGAGAUCAAGGCCCUCCUGGGCCAGCUGGCGAACCAGGAAAACCUGGAAGCCCUGGACCGAAUGGAAAUCCUGGCGGACGAGGUGAACCGGGAACGAGGGGCCCGAUGGGAAUUCGUGGUGUAGGUGGUAAGCCUGGACUGCCUGGAAUCGUUGGGCUCACUGGCCCGCAGGGCGAUAAUGGUCCGAGGGGCCUUGCUGGACUACCAGGCGAACGAGGUUUACCUGGCCCAAGUGGACCGAUUGGUCCACCAGGACCUCAGGGUCCCCCUGGCCCUCCUGGAGAACAAGGUGGACGAGGACCAGAAGGACCGCGAGGCCCUACUGGAUCACGCGGCCCAGAAAGAUCGGAUAGCGAAGUGAAGAAGCUUAUUCUCGAAGUGUUUGCUGAGCUUAUUCCAACUGUCAUUGAACCUGUUCGUGAGGAAUGUAAAAAAUGCGACUGCAGAAGAUCUAAUCAGAUUGGUCUUGCUCGUAUGCGAAAACCUGGUCCUCCUGGGCCUCCUGGAAAAGAUGGAGAACCUGGAGAACCUGGCCCACCGGGACCAAGAGGACAUCAGGGUACUUCAGGAUUAUUUGGUCAGCCUGGAAGCCCUGGUUUGCCUGGAGAGAAAGGUGACCAAGGGCCUUCUGGCGAAGAUAUUAUUGGCGCCCCUGGCGCUCCCGGAAGACAAGGUCCCAUUGGUCCUCCAGCGAAUUGCUCCCCUGGAGAGCCAGGAGAACCUGGACCUCCCGGUCGCCCUGGUCAAAUCGGUCGCGACGGCCCUGCUGGCAUUGCAGGUCCACAGGGUGUUUGUAAGGCCGACGAAUGCAAGGCACCUGACGAGUGGGCUGCUAACGUGAACAACUACGCGAAGCUCUUCCAAACAACUCCCGCGCCAUGGAAUAAAGGACCGCCUCCAAGUCGAAACGACAACGCUCCAGCCUUCAAGGGUCCGACUGGAGAGCGACACACGGUCAACAUCAACAACAUUCCUCGGCCCGCAGUGCCUCCAUCUGGCGAUCUCGUCUGGAUCCCAACAACCACUUCCACAACAACAACAUCAACGACGACAACAACGACUACUACUACCCGACGAACAACGAGAAAAACAACGCCGCGUCCUCGACGGCCUUGCUACAGCUGUGAAGCGAGAAAAAAGGCAAAAGCUAGACUCACAACCCAAGCUCCAACGACAAUGAAGCCGAAGCCAGCUACAGUGAAACCAGCAAUAAUCGCGCCUAAAGUCUCGAAAUGCAAAAUGAAUGAACGCGACGAAAACUCGCCUUGUAAACCAUCGCCGUGCAAGUCAACUUGGACAGUUUGUCAAGCGCGUGUUGCAUGCAAAAAUGCUGCUGCGAAGAAGAAGCAAAAAUGCGUUGUUAGAAGAAUUCAAAUUAUCAGAAAUAAACGACAUCAAGAACUAAUCCGAGCGAAACGACAGAAACUAAAAUCCGACCAAAAAGCAAAGCGCUCUACAAAAAGAAAAUCAAGAAGAAUUGAAAGCUAG